GAUUUUCGUCUAUUCUAACUCGACAUGACCUCCCCAUCUGAGAUUGCACUACGUCUUCAGACUGUCAAGUAUUUUAAGAGUACGUAAUACAGAACUUUUGUGAUACUGUCGCCUUUCCAACAUGCAGUUAUGAAAGUGAUAGGGUUGGCGGUCUUGGUCUUUGACUACUGUAUCAACCUAGAAGCCGAGGUCGACCUCACUUGGGGGAGAAGGUGGGAUUUUGUUCGGAUCCUUUUUGCGGUGGCUCGAUACACGCCUUUUAUUGGCGUCCCGGUGGACUUGAUUUAUUCCCUUGGACCCACGUCACCACGGCUUUGCUUAUCGCUCUACCAAGUCACCUCCUGGCUUAACGUGAUUGGCACCGUUGCCGCAGAAUCACUCCUUCUUGUUAGGACAUACACGUUAUGGGGAAGAAACAGAGUGUUACUUGUUUCCCUACUACUACUUGCGCUGGGCUGCAUCGCAGGCUCUGCGGCAGUCGGUGCCAAUGCUGUAUCCUUCUUCAAAUACCAGGAUCCCCCACUAGCAACUUCUGGCUGUUAUCAAACCCAAAGAAUUGCAAUUUACGCAGUUAACUAUGCAAUGCUGGUUCUUUUUGAGACAGUCAUACUAUGCCUCAAUGUUUUUCAAGCCUGGUGUCACCGAGGACAACUGGGGAGCCGUCUCAUCACGCAUCUGUACUGGGAUGGUAUAGUUUAUGUGUUGUGUAUACUAGCGAUAUCAAUAGCCAACAUCGUAGUCAUAAAUUUCCUUCCGUCGGAAUAUGCAGAGUCUCUCGACACGUAGGUUUCACCCUCGAACAUUCUGAAUGCGUUCGCCAUUAAUUGCCUUGUACACCACUCAGACUCCAGUUGGUGUUUCACAGCGUUUUAUCCUCCCGCCUUCUUUUCAACUUGCGAGCCAUCAUGCAACGACGACACGAGCAAGCCAUCUCACUUAUGGAGAUCUCUUUGCCCUCAGUAUCUUAACCUAUACAAUCUGUUUAAAAUCAGCUUCUUGAGAACAAUACAAGUACAAUUGACACCUCGCCAUCAAG